UACUGGGGAAGGAGCCACGUAAAAAAAUCUUCUAACGCGCCGAGACCCUACCUCAUGGGUGGUGUGCAAACAUGGGUCGAUAAGGAAAAACCCACGAGGAAGUCUGCACUCACAUAUAAGCGGCGACUGCAUGUGCAGCGCACCUUCGAUAAUCAUGUACGGUUGUGAGCAGCUUAUAGUGGCAUCGUCCUUGGGGGCCAUUGCUGUCACCGUAGCCCUGGUAGCGGUCCUCUGCUGCACACGCCGGCCUCCCAAAGUUGGCAACACUCCCUUGGUGCUCCUCCUGGUGGGUCUCCUCGCCAUCUCUGCGACCCUCGCUGCUGCUGCUGGUGACGACGAGCCGCCUCCACGGAAACUCUCUCGAUUGUUGGACUCUCAAAUGUCACCUAUUCCCGUGGACGAACAGAGCCUGAGGAUGACGGUGAGGAUGCUGAUGAUGAUGAGGUCUAUGAUUCCAAUGCUACGACGUUGGCGGUGGAGAAUCAAAGACCAGAAUCUCCCGAUCCUUGGGCAUUUCCCCCCCAGAGCGGAUCGUACCUACGUUACUUUGAAGCCGGCUCUCCCGGGCCCCUUCGAAGUCAUUGAGGAGGGAAGACGUCGGCAGCCCCUUCGAUCCAUACCACAGCCAAGAAUCCGCAUCGUCACCACCGAUCGCUCCUCAACACCCCGGGGUAUCCCAGCUGUCACCAUCACGCCGGUCCACCUCCCUCCCAGCACGUCAAGAGAUACCUCGCAACACAACACCUCCGACAAUGCUUUCACUUCUAUCAGAUCUCGAUCCUGCUGCUCUUGCCCCUUUUGCACAGUCCCCGCAACCUAGAGCACCCCUCGUCGUACCCGACCCAGCACAUCGAGGAGAAUGGACCAUACUCUCGUGGACUGUGACAGACGGGCUCUGGACGCUUUGGUUUUUCUGAGAAGGAAGUUUAGGAAAACGCUCUGGAUCCUCGAUCAACUCAUGUUAAACACGUCGGAACACCAGAUUCUCUCCAUAGCCUACGGGAUGUGGAGAAGUGUACAGGUGAUCAUGGAGACCCUUCUGAUCACCGUCGGUGAGAUGAUGGAAGCCUCUCUGAGGACUGCCAUCACCCCCGAGAAGCCGGAGCCAUCACCCCCACCACAACGUGUCCAGUGACCGGUAUGUCUGGACAGAUUGCCGACGGUAGGGUUGAGACCCUGUGGACACACUCUGUGCUCACAGUGUGCUCAUAUACUCUACAGUUGUCCAAUCUUUUUGAAAGCAAUGAGAGGAUGCCCUUGUACUUUACCUGAGAUAUGUUUGUGUAAAUAGUUUCUUUUUUCU